CAUCUCUCAGAUCAACCUUCAAUUCCUCUCUAUUUGUUUAAUUAAAUAUAGGCUCUUCAUUCCAAUUGCAUUCAAUUCUCGUUUUAUUCUUUCAAUUUCAAUCAUAAACCUUAAAAUCACUGAAAAAUUAGGGUUAGGGUUUGUUCUUUAAUGUUUACCCUAUGAAUCCCUGAUCCUAAUUUUAUUCAAUUCCUAUCAAUUUAUAGUAAUUCUUUUCUUUUUUGGGUCUAAUUUGAUAAUCCAGUGUUCGUAGGUGCUGAUAUUUUGGAGAAGCUCUUAUUUGGUUGUAAUGGGAACCAAACGACCUUUUGAUGAGGAUUUGCAGGAAUUUUUUAAGCAUCCAAAGCAUAUUGAAAGUGAAAAUAAGCCUGAUUUCUUUGGAGAAGAUAAAUCCUCUUUUGAAGCAGCUCAAAAUGUUGUGGUUGCAGGCGAAGGUGUGGUUAACUGCUUCCGUGAAGGCGACCACGAGGAGGUCAAUGCUCUCCCAGAUUCUGACAAGACGUAUGAAACCAAUGCUUCCUUACCAAUGUUUGCUGGCAUCAGUUGUCAUGAAGAUGUCCCUGGACCCGGGGUCUCAUUUUGUUCAAAUCUUUUUCCUGAAUUAUUUGAAUUUAACUUGCCAAGGCGACAAGUAGUUCAUUAUGAUGAUACAUAUGCAUCUUUAUUAAAUUGCUCCCCUAGGAAAGAGGUUCCUCUUGGACCAGAACAUCAAGCUGACAUAUCUGAAUUUGAUUCUGAUUCAGCUAGAAAAUACAAUUCUGAUCCUGAUAAAGUGGAGAGUUUGAUGGGAAUUUGUGUCAUUCCCAACCAAGAGGGUGAAAUUUUGAUUUAUCAAACAGAUUGCAAAUGCUUAGAUGGUGGCUCCAUCAGAUGUGUGCAACAACACGCCAAUGAAGCGCGGUUAAAUUUAAAAGAUUCUUUGGGGUUUGAGAAAUUUGUCAAUUUGGGGUUUAAUAACAUAGGUGAGGAGGUAGCUUCUAACUGGACCGAAGAAGAAGAAAAACUUUUUCAAGAUGUUGUUUACUCUAAUCCUGUCUCUCAUGGUAAACGAUUCUGGGAUGAACUUUCAAUCGCAUUCCGGUCAAGAACAAAAAAAGAAUUGGUUAGUUAUUAUUUCAAUGUUUUUGUUCUCCGGAGACGUGCUGUUCAAAACAGAUCAAAAUUGUUGGCGAUUGACAGUGAUGAUGAUGAAUGGUGGGGAAGCAAAAGAGGGCCUUCUGAAGUCAUAAUAGAAGAUCAAGAUUUUCAUGUAGUGGGACCUUUGGUUGACCACAUAGAUCAUGAUUUUCAAUCUGAAGACGGUGAUCACGAUGACAAUGUUGGUGCUGAUGGUGAUAUUGUUAUUGGUCUUAAAGAUGGCCAAAAUGAAGUCAAUGAAUGCUCACUAAGCAAUAUAAAUGAUGCAAAAGCUACAAGUAAUCAAGAGCAAGAAAAACACUUUAGUGUUUAUAAAGGACACAAUGGUGGGUUGAGAUCGGAAUCAUAUUUGCAUUGGGAUCCGCCCUACUCAACGAUGGGCUCAGCAAAAGGUGUUGACCUGUUGCCUACAUGCAGCAUGAUCGAAGAAAUUUUUGGAUCUUCCAAAACUGGCAAAAGCAGUUGAACUGCACUUGAUGAGGUAUAACUUAUUUCAAAUGCAUUACUCCUAGCCUCAAAAGAGAGAGAGAACAUAAAAAACCACACUGUAACUUAUUGUACAUUAGUUUUGUGAAAUGGUAGUCCAUAUAGGGGUUCUGUUAACAUAUGAACUCGUCUACACAAUAAUUUGUGUUCGUUGUUGUCUUCUGGAUUGCAGUUAGAAUUUUUAUUUAGCCUUCUUAGUCUUGCAAUA